AUGCAAGCUCUGGAAGACUACAAAAUCAGUCCCGUCACUGGAUGUCUACUGAGACAGCCUACGACACCGCCACCUUCGCUUUUGCCUUUCAAAAGGCUCUUGGAGCAUUCCGAUGAACUGCUCAAUGCUGACAAACUUCGGGAAUCCAUUGAAAAGCUACCGGCACUGGAUAUGGCUCAACUGAAGAGCCAUGAGGAGAAGCGUUUGGCUCACAAAAUUUUAGCCUUUCUGGCAGCCCAAUAUGUCUGGCAAAAAUGUGACUCGGAUCCAGCCGAAAUUCUACCUGCUGUCAUUGCAAUGCCGUUAAUUGAGGUGUCCAUCGAGUUGGGCUGUCAACCAUUGCUGGGACACGUUGAUCUCGUCCUUUCCAACUCUUUCCCAGAAAAAACACAGCUGCUUCAGCGCCAGUAA